CGGGACUUCGAACACUACGAAAGCCAAAGCCAUCAUGACGACGAAAGAGAAACGCGGUGGUGGCUAAGCGCCAGUACGUCGUAUACGACACGUGACCCGCACAAUAACAAACAAUUUUUUUUUUGAACAUGAUUUGAGAUAGUAAUAAAAGGCGGUACUUUUGAUGCGUCUAAAAACUUUUUUGAAUAAAUAAUUUUGGUUUUUAAAAAAGAAACUUAUAUAAUUGACUCUUUGUGAAAGUGUAAGGAAGGACAGAACUCCAAAAGUUGUAAAUAUUUUUUAAGGAAAUGCCGUGGAUAAAGUCGUGUCUAUGUAACCAAGAAAAGAAAAAAACACCAACCAUUAGUCCGCCCAUUCAUCUGUUGCUUAAGAAUGAAGAAACUGGCGGAAUAACCCAGACGCCCAGCCAUGCAUUUCGAUGUAAAACUUUCAAGAAACCGCGCCCAUGUCACUUGUGUCAUCAGCCGAUUAUAAAUGAGGGAUCUUGUUGCAGAGUAUGCAAAUACGUCUGUCACAAGGUCUGCGAAAGUAAGGAAGCUGCUCAACGCUACACGGACACCAGUUGGCGUCUUUUUCGGCAAAGCCAAAUCAAACGUUGUAAUAAUGACGAUGCACCUGAAACUCCUACUUCACAGCCUAAUGUAGAAGAGCCUCAUAAAACAUCUACGUAUGAUAUAUCACCUUCUUUAAGUGAUGAUAAUCCUGAAAAACCCGAGGACAGUAAAGAAACAAAUGAUGAGAGAGAUAACAUGAAAGAUGAAAAUGAUAAUGAAAAGCAUUUGGAAAAUAAAGAUAAAGGAGAUGAGGCGGAAAAUAGAAGGAUCGUGGAAAUUGAAACAAUUGAGGUGCUAUAUGAACCAGUCGAUCGAAAAGUUGAGUCUACUAUUGAAGUUGAAUUGCACACCCAUGACGAGCCGUACAAAAAUGGAUCCGGGGAUAAUAAGAUGCUAAGGUCCACUUCCUACAAUGACUACUAUGGAGAGGUUCAAACUAACCAACCGAGAUUUGCAAAAUCAGCAUCAAACAUGCAAGGAAGCAUGGAUCUUAGUUAUGUCACUGAGCGCAUUAUUUCCAUGUGGUUUCCAGACACGGCAACGUCACAUGCUUUUCGACAAGGGCAAAGACAAGCCGCCCACAUGCUUAGAAAUAAGCAUGGCGACAACUAUAUGGUCUUUAAUUUAUCUGAACCAAAACGCGGACUAAGAAGCGAGCACAAGUACGUCAAAGAAGUAGGAUGGACACCAAAUUUGGCACCGCCGUUAGAACGGCUUUGCAGCGUGUGCAAAGAAAUCGAUUCCUGGUUAUCUAAGGACGUUCAUAGAAUAGCGGUGCUACAUUCUAGGGGCUCGAAAGAGAAGUUGGGAGUGAUAGUAGCCGCAUAUAUGCACUACUCGAGCAUCUGUGGUACUGCUGAACAAGCCUUGGAUCGAUUCUCCAUGAGAAAGUUCUUGGAUGAUAAUAUAGGACCUCUAAGGCUGCCUUCAAACAGACGAUACGUCGAAUAUUUUGCUGGUCUUCUCUCACACAGCAUUAAAAUUAAUGCUGCUCCACUAUACUUGACUCAUGUAACUGUACUGGGGUCACCCUCUUUUCAGAAUGGUGGCUGCAAAGCAUUUUUAAAACUUUAUGAAGGCCAUACUCCUGUAUAUACUUCCGGAGUUUAUUCGGUGUCAAACAACGUAUCUCAAUUUACCGUUAACUUGGCUGGAGAGCGAAAAGGUGGUCUACAACUAAGAGGUGAUAUCUUAAUAAGGUGCUACCAUAGAGGGAUGGAAAAUGAUAGAGAAACUAUAUUUGCUUGUCAGUUUCAUACUUGUGCUGUCGCUGACCAUACUCUCAGUUUUACUAAACAAGAACUGGAUUUUGCUGCUAAAGAUCCACGGUUUCCAAUUGAUGGUGCUGUAGAAUUACAUUUUUCAUCGAGUCCAGAAACUAGGCAUCCUGCCCCAGCUCCCACUCCAGCAGUUCCAUACACUUCGGCCAACGAUGAUCCAGUAGUAAGGGCUGAUAGUCCUUUAGUUGCUGAUGUAUAUGAUGAAAAUGACUCUGACUCAGAUGACGUAAAUCAUACAUUUGGACCAUUGGAUGGUAGUAUUUAUGCUACUAUAGCAAAGAAGCCAGAGUCGUCACCUGGUGCUGUUUCUAGCCCGCUAACUGUGUCUAUGGACAGUGGCAUAUCAUCUGCAGGCCAUCAACAAAACGCCAACACCAACGCCUCCGGGAGUCCUCCUCCGACUGCCCAGCCCUCCCCCCUCACACCCGAAGAUCAACAUCGCGAGCUUGACGAGCUGCUCUCCGAUAUGAUGUUAACAGUGCAAAGUAUACCAGAUUUCAAACCGUCUACUAGUGUGACCGGCUCCGGUAACGUUAACGUAAGCGCGCGAAAUAACGAUAACGGAUCGCGGCUACAACAUCAGGAUUUCGCUUUAGAUAACGUGAGGUAUAUUGAUGAGGAGGAAAGGCACGAUCCUUACAGGAAAACGGAGUAUCAUAGGGAGGAAGAUAAGGAAAUACCCUACCACGCUAGAGAAAAUAGUAAACCCUUUAGUUACGGAGUCAAUCAGGAUAUGAUAGGGGAGUCUAAGGGCUUAUCCAGCCCAAGUUUGGUCAGAAAAGCUAGUGUCAAUAAAAGUCAUGGGGAUACUUUAGCAAAGGUUCAAACUGGAGUCUACCCGUCUCAAAAACCUACACCGAAUUUCCAAAAUGGCACAGCGUCUCCUUAUAUUUCAAACUAUUCCACUUUGGGCAAAUAUUCUUACUCUCCUACCCCUCGUAGAAAAACUCCUUCGCACGAAAAGGAAUCGAUUGAUGAUAUCUUCACUCAGAGUGCCUUAAAUGCCAAACCAGUCACCAGAAACCACCGAGAAGAAUAUUACAAAGAUGAUGGAAAAAGAUAUGACCCCCUUAAAAGAAGCUACACAGACGGCACUAUAAGACGCAGUCCAGAAAAAGUUACUUUCAAGACAAACACAACAGUCACCAGUCCUUAUUCUGACUCUGAGAGUUUGUCUCCACCUGGGCAAUUCCGAAACAAUACCAAAUCACCUGAGUUUCACGAAAGUUACACCAAUAGCAAUAACCUAACAUGGCUGCAAAGGCAACAACAAAAACUGAAAGAACGCAAAGAAAUGAGGCUAAGAGAGGAGCGACAGCCCCAUGAAACGAGGCUUUUUUCCGAGUUGAGGCAAGUGCAGACGAGGCAUAUGAGGCCAACUGCAAGUCACCGAUUAGAUGGCUACACGAGCGAUACGACCGCAUUCGCAGAUGACGAUGAUGACUAUACGAUACCAUUACAUAUCAAUACGAUGCAUAGGAAUGGCGUCACACCCAGUUCUUCCCAAUACAGUACAUUAAAAAGUAAUUGCUCCACUAUGCCUAAGAACGAACGCCCAUUUAUGAGUGUUAAGAGGGCACAUGAAAAAUAUAACCAAACAAUGGAUCCCGCCUCAGCCCUAGCGGCCAAUCCACAUGGCCAAAUUGUAAGGUCAUCCUCAAGGAACGUGAGCGAGGAUCACGUGGACAACAGCGGGCUACUAUCAUUGGUCGAGCGGAAAUAUAACGUGAGACAGAAGUAUGCAUCUCCAGAAAACACGGUGGGUAAUGCGUGUGAAAUUAACGGCCAAAAUAACCCGAGCGAUAACCCGCUGAAAGAUGAAAAUUCACGAUUGGACGCUUUGGAUGACUUGAUCGCUAAUUUGUCAAGUAGCUCUGAUCAUUCGAGUAACAGUCCUAACACUUCCACGGCAUGGCCACAGUUUGAACAAUCUACGUAUACCUGGAGAUCUCAGUCAACAAACAACGAAGGCAUGGACAUCUCUCCAUCACACAGUUCUUCUCCGAGGCCCCAGACGCCCGCUUUUCCGGUUUUGGCUCGCACCCCUUACCUUAAUGCUUCCACCCCAUCUGUGCAGUUUGACUUGUCCCAUGAGCGUCUGCCUCCCAAGAGUCCUACAACCCAGCGCCGUCUUAGUUUUCCAUCGGCCACACUUACGAAAAACGCCAAAUGGGCGCUAUCCCCCGAAAGAAAGGACCGACCAACCUCUCCAUCAGACCUCAACGGCGGCAUGUCAGACAGCGAAUACAGACACGUCAUAACCCAAAGAAGUGCAUCAGCAACUGGCUAUCGAGAAAAUCAAAAUGGAUCCUCCUCACCAACCGUCUAUUACGGACAGUCUAGAAGAGGAUCAGUAGCCUCCAGUGCAAAUGACCAACCACCACAUGAAGUGUCCGCGGCCCAUGUUAAAAUCGUACGAGAUACCAGCAAGUUUUGGUACAAACCGACCAUCUCAAGAGAAGAAGCAAUCAGUAUGUUAAGAGACAAAGCUCCAGGUACUUUUGUUGUACGAGAUUCAAACUCUUUCCCAGGGGCUUUCGGGUUAGCCCUACGGGUGGCACAGGUACCAGUUAAUCUUCAAAAUAAGUCUAGUAGUGGAUCUGAUGAGCUGAUUCGUCACUUUUUGAUCGAACCUACUUCCAAAGGAGUCAGACUAAAGGGAUGUCCCAAUGAACCGGUGUUUAGCAGCUUAAGUGCGUUAAUUUAUCAACACAGCAUCACUCAGAUCGCUUUGCCUUGCAGGCUAAUUUUGCCAGAGAGAGACUUAAGUCCUCUGGCUCACCCAACUUCUACCCAAGAACACCUGCAACAAAUCCAACUUCAGGGAGCGGCAUGUAAUGUUCUUUACCUUUGUACCUUAGAGAUGGAGUCUCUAACAGGCCCACAAGCUGUAAAAAAGUCAGUGAUGCAGCUCUUCCAGAGGACGCCUCUUCCGGAAGCCGUUGUAGUACACUUUAAAGUUAACGGGCAAGGCAUUACCUUAACGGAUAACAAAAGAAAGCUGUUCUUUAGAAAACAUUACCCCAUUAAUACUAUUAGCCAUUGUGGAGUGGAUCCCGAGGAACAUAGGUGGCUCGUUAGUACGGAAGAUGUUGGUUCUGCAAAGAGCUCAAAUCGUAUAUUUGGUUUUGUGGCACGUAAACCGAAUGUGAGCAACUCCGACAACCAGUGCCAUCUAUUCGCCGAGCUCGACCCAGAACAGCCCGCUACUGCUAUCGUUAACUUUGUAAAUAAAGUACUGACAUCCAAUGGUAUCAAACCCAAUAUCGUCUAAAAUGUUUAAGAAUUAUCAAAAAGCUUUAACACAUCACUACUAAAGUUUCAGUAUUGUUUAAUAAAAGUAAUAGUUACGUUUAAUUAAAAGAAAUUCAUUUGGUGUAUAUUGAAAAUUAACACGUAUUGCAUUAUCUUAAGUAGCAAACAUGUUAAACAAAUCUUUCAGUCAUGUUGUAUAUGAGUCUACUUAUCUUUAAAAAUUUCACAGCUAGUCUUUUUUAUUAUUUAAAAUUAUUUUAACUUGUAAGUUUAUGUUGUAAAUAUUAUUAUUUUAAAUUAACACUUUAAGUGUUAUUGUGUAUACUUGUACUGUCGAAGUGUUUGUAUUAAAAAUACGAGCAUUUUCGUUGUUUUAACCUCGACUUUGUUAGUGCUUUUGUUAUGAAAAAUUAUAACAAAAAACCACUUGAAAUAGGUCAUCAUUUAUGUAGAGUAUUUUCAGUAAUCUGCAUAAACUAAAAAAAUUAUAAUAUAUGAUUAUUUACUCUAUAUAUUUCAUGUCAUUUUGGUGUUUUACAAUUCGUCGUCGUCUUUUUCAUAUCACACUAACAUU